AUGACGAGCAAAGAUGACAAUAUUGAGGGGAGUUGGAUGGCUGGGGUGAUGCUGAGUAUGUGUGCCCUGGGGGUAGUACUGAACAUCCUGGUCAUAAUAGUGGUCACCCGGACACCCAUGAUGAGACGCAGUGCAGACCUGUUCAUCGUGAAUCUAUCCGUCAGUAGCAUCUUGCUUGCGGGCCUUUCUCUACCCCUGAAGCUGGUCGUACCUUUUGACAACCAGAUUGAUCUCUACGCCAGUGAUGUCACAUGCAAAAUCACUCAAUUCGUGCCUCUUUUGACGAUAAUGUCGGCCAUAUCUACGAUGACUGCCAUUUCUUUUGAGCGCUACUUCGCCAUCGCGUGUCAGAAGAUUCUCACCAUCCGCAAUACGCUGCUUGUCAUUCUCGGUAUCUGGAUUGUCUCCGUUGUAACUUCUGCCCCGCAGCUCUACGAGUACUCGGCCAAGAUGGUUCCAGACGAAUACGGCAACGGCACUCAUCUCUCCUGCGGCUCUCACGACAUUCCCGAAAACUUUGAGACAAUCUACGCCAGCGUCGUUCUGGCCGUCUCCUAUGUCAUUCCUCUGUUAUUAAUCUCGACGAACUACUUUCGGUUGGUGGCCUUCAUGUACCGCUUGAGUAAGAGAAACAAGGGAGCUAAACCUGGCCAGGGCGGCUACACUGUCAAUCGCGGCAAAGUACGAGUUCUCCAUAUGGCGAUUCUUCUCACCUCAGUCUUCUGUCUCCUGUGGCUUACAUAUUUUGUCCUUUUCACAAUUGAGGAAAUCACCGACACGGACAAUAGCAGACACGUGUCAUCGGGAGCUCACACGGCUAAACACGUGAUGAUGGCGUUGAGCACUAUAUCUAAUCCAGUUCUAUACUCCGUGUUCACAGAGACAUUCAGGAGGAGGCUAGCGAGAUAUUGUCACAGUACAGAAACUGCUACCGAUGACAGUUUUAACAAUUUGAAUCCUUCACUUAAUGCUUGUGGUUCUACAACUAUGCGACAUUCUACGACAUUUCCAGACAAUAACAAGAUUGGGAUGGAACAGGAAGGGGAAAAGGAGAGAGAAGGCAUUUACCACAAAGAGAUGGAAGGCGAAUGCCAGAAAGUGAAAAGCGAGUGGGAAGGCUGUUCUCAUGAAUGGAAAGGCGAGACGGAUGACGGUUACCGAGGAGGGAACUGCAAGGCGAAAGACGUUAAUCCGAAAGCGAAAGGCGAGAUGGAUGGUGCUGGCCAGGAAAAACAAAGCCAGAGGGAAAGCUGUAACCAGGAAGGGGAAAGCAAGACAGACGGUGCUUGCUUGGCAGGGAAAAACGAGAUGGAAGGCUGUUACAAAGAACGAAAAAGCAAAACGGAAAGCGGUCACCAGACAGGGAAAAGCGAGAUAGAAUGGGGUUAUUGGCAAGGGAAAUGCGAGACGGAAAGCGGUCACCAAAUAGGGAAAAGCGAAACAGAAGUGGGUUACCAGCAAAACAAAUACGAGACAGAAGGCGGUCACCAGACAGGGAAAAGCGAAAUAGAAUGGGAUUACCAAGAAGGGAAAAGCGAGAGGGAAAGCGGUCGCGAAAAGAACGGCGGGGAGGCAAGGGAUGACAUCGACCGAGUCAAACACAUGGGAAAUUGUUCCGAAGAAAUGGACGGCGGAAACGACAAUUACAUCAAUGGGAUAUGGUGUCCAGGGAAGGAGAACCAUAUUCUAGACUCGGAGGUUGAGGAGACGCCUAUCACUGUGUAUGUGCUUCGGAGCCCCCAGGAGAAAACCCCGACCAAUGAAGACGAAAUCCAGAAAGCUCAAGGCGAUUGA